CCUUGCAACAGGGGACUCAUACCGCACCAUUUCCUUCAGCUACCGUGUUGGGCACAGCACUGUAGCUGGUAUUGUUGUCGAUGUGGCAAAGGCCAUUUGGGAUUCCCUGGUGGAGGACUAUAUGCCUGUUCCCACCACAGAAGACUGGCGGGACAUUGCUUCAGACUUCCACCAUCGCUGGAAUUUCCCAAACUGUCUUGGGUCUAUUGAUGGGAAGCAUGUAGUGAUCCAGGCUCCCAACAACUCUGGAUCACUAUUCUACAACUACAAGGGGACAUUCUCUAUUGUCCUCUUAGCAGUUGUAGAUGCCAAAUGCUGCUUCCGCAUUAUAGAUGUUGCCAGUUAUGGGAAAACAAGUGAUGGUGGGACUCUGGCUAAUAGUCCGUUUGGGAAUGGUCUUGGCAAUGGAACUCUCGGCCUACCGGAGGACACACUGCUGCCAGGAGCGGAGCACCUGGGGCCCCAGCCUCACAUCUUUGUUGCAGAUGAAGCCUUCCCUCUCCGCAGAGACCUGAUGAGCCCCUUCCCAGGUACCAACCUUCCUAGUAGACACAGGGUGUUCAACUACAGGCUUUCACGAGCAAGGCUGACAGUUGAGAAUGCGUUUGGUAUGCUCGCAGCACAGUGGCGAAUAUAUCGGCGUGUAAUUGGCGUCAGCCCUUCCAAUGCAGAAGCCUGUGUGAAGGCCACCUGUGUGCUACACAACUUCUUGCGGAGGACAACAGGGACUGUGCGGUACCCACUAACCCCGGCUGCUGAUGGAGAAGCCUCUGCACUGCAGAACGUCAGCAGAGUAGGGAGCAACAAUGCAGGACGGGAAGCAAUGCGUGUGAGGGAAACCCUUGCUGAUUACUUCUGCGCUGAGGGUGCAGUUCGCUGGCAGCCACAGGUGUGACAAGCAUGAAAGGUUCUUCUUAGAACCAAACCAAAGGCUCUUUUAAGAGCCACCCACAUUAUAAUAAAAGAGCAAUGUUUCCAUCAUUUCUUGAAAAAAUUAUAUCCUGGCUAUGCUAUUAGAUAUACCUCACCUUCCCCAAAUAUAUACAUAAUAGAAGGCUUUUGCAACAUUUUAUGUUACUGUUCAAAAGUUUGAUGUCAGUAAGAUUUUUAAAAAAGGAUGCAAAGAUGCAUUAAAUUGACAGGAAAGACAUAUUUUUAAUGUUUCAAAAGCUUUCUGUUUCAGAUAAUUGUUGUUCUUUUGAACGUUGGAUUCAUGAAAGAAUCCUAAAAAUGGUAUACAACUGUUUUCAACAUUGCUAAUAAUCAUAAAUGUUUCUUGAGCAGCAAAUUAGCACAUUAGAAUGAUUUCUGAAGGAUCAUGUGACACUAAAGACCCCUUAACUCUAAUCUCAAAAAGAAACAUUGAAAAGGCUGAAACUAAUUUAUUUUAAAAAAUGCCUUAAAGUUAACAUGUUAAUUUAUAUAUCAUUUUUUUUCAGAACGGCAUGAGGCUGUAUGAGGGUAAACAGUAAUAGUAAAU